AUGUCUUUGUCUUCGUGUUUCGGGUCUCGCAAACGCGACGAUGACCGGCAACCGCUGCUCCCACAGUACCGCGAUGAUACGGUCCUGCAGAGGGAGGUUCACCAGAAGCUCCACUCGUAUCAGAUGCUGAGGGCUCUUUCCUUGGGGUUCAUGCCAUCGAACGAACAGGUCAUCAUCAACCUUCGAAGCUUGUUGUCUGCAGACCUCUUGAACCCCGAAAACCCCGACCUGAGCGACUCUGGUCGCCUGCUCGUCAAGUUCACCAAGCAAUGGCUCCAUGACUUUAUCGAAACCUUGAACCACAAGAACAGCAAAGACCAGAUACAAGAUUUCCUCUGGUAUCUUUCAAAGGCUAGACUCUCGGUGGAUGUAACGGAUAUGGCACGACGGACGACGAGAUCAAAGGCCAAGGCAGAUGCUACAGCUGCCUAUCAGAGUCUGCAAACGGUCGGAACGCUAUUGCUUACCAACUCAGACUUCCGCGUCUUCCUAUCCGAUCUCAACACCGUUGGUCGCGAAGUAUUCAAGGACACUGCAUUUACGCUAUCCGAAGUGGCGAAACAAGCUGGAGAACAAAUCGAACCUUCCGAGGCAGAACAAAAGGCAUUGAAAGAGCCGGGUGCAGAUGCAAACGGUGGACCUGCACCAUCUGCUGAGGACCUCAACGGCGAAGUCGCCGAGGUUGCUAAAGUCGUCGGGUCAGGUAUUAUCGAGGUGGCCAAAGAGGCAGACAAGAGCUUAGCGAAUAAACUCCAAGGUGAUGAGGGCGACUCUCUGUUGUUCCGACUGAAGAAGACGGUCACGAACCUGAGACAGAAGCGGGAUUACAACGACUCGGUCUCCGUGCUAGCCUUGCUCUUGAAACGAUAUGCUCUGGCAUACUCCCGCACAGUUGAGGACGCGAUGGGAACAGUGCAGAAUGAUGUCGAACCAAACCCAGAGAUGGAGAAGGCAGUCACUAACUUCUGGACAUUCAUAAGCUCCUUCGGAGAUGAACAAGAAUGGAAGAAGCUCGAAGACUCUUUCCACAAAGUGCUGGAGCAUUCCAAGAAAGACCCCGAGUUCGAGGACCUGCUCAUAGACGUUGGAAACUCGCUUCAGAAGCUUCUGACUGAUCCCGACUUCUUCGACCACGUGGACGAGAAGUUUCAAGAGCUUCGCAAGAAGGCCAAGGGAGUGGGCAGCGAAUCAUCUCUUCGCCAGGACGUUGAUGUCUUCUUUGCACAGGCUCAGGGGACCUUCGUAGCUGUCACACGCGAUCAGGACAUCGCGAAGUUGAUCAAAUCAACAACGAGGAUUUGGAACAUCCUGUCUCCCAAGCAUGCCUUGACCAACAGCGAUUUGAUCCAAGAUGCUAUCAACGUUUUCGUCCCUCUCGGUAUCCAGGCUAUUCAGUAUAUCCCCAUUCCGCGCCUCGAGGUCUCGACCCCCGAAGUCGAUAUGCUCCUGGAGAACCUUAUCAUCGAGCCAGGAAAGACAGUCAACCACACCUCCUUCCUCCCCUUCCGCUUCCGCGUCGAAACAUACAACGAUUUCGAGCUCCGCAAAGCCCGAUUCCGUGUUGCAUCAAAGGUUACAUCCAACCUCACUAUAAAGAUUGAUGGUCUCUCCUUCCGUGCCGAUGAGAUUGGCUUUCUCCUACGUGCACACUCUGGUUUACUCCGCCUCGCAGAUGAAGGUAUCGCAUCUUUCCAACUCGAUGAGCGUGGUAUUGACAUCCACCUCGACGUCGAGAUUGCGAAGGAAAAGCUGGAGCAAAUUCUAACCUUGAAGGCUGUGAGAGUGCACAUCCACAAGCUCUCUUACACCCUCCGCAAAUCAAAGUUCAGCCUACUCGGCUGGCUAUUCAAGCCCCUCCUUCGCCCUAUCAUCCGCAAAGUGAUGGAAAGACAAAUGGCCAAAGGUAUCGCAGACGCUAUUCACGCUGCGAACCGCGAACUUCUGUUUGCUCGCGAGAGGCUAAGGGCAACAAGGAUUUCGGAUCCAGAUGACCUGAAGACGUUCUUCAAGGCUGUACUCACACGUUUGACACCGGAGGACGAUCCGGAUCUAUACACCCGCGUCGGUGUUGCUGCGCCGGGUAAGGGUGUCUUUGCUGGCAAGUAUGCACCUGGCAGCGUAGUCAAGCUGUGGGAGGAGGAGGGUCGUCGUGCGACUGAACGUAUCGAUGAUUGGGAUGAGGGUGGCUGGCGUAAUGACGUGUUCGACCUUCACGCUAUAGCACUGACCUAA